AUGGCGGACGCCGGAGCCUCUUACCCUCCCCCAGCUUACACUGACAAGGGUGGUGAGCAGCAGCCGCAACAGGCAGAGGUAUGGCUUCCAAUCGCAACAGUACGGACAGUACCCCCCUCAACAGGGACACAACCCCCCUCAACAGAGGCAGUACCCUCUCAGGUGAAGUACACCCCACAAGGGCAGUCCCCAGGGAAAGGGGGAUACGUGCAGAUGGAAACUACUACCGUGGCCAUGACAGAGCAAGCGACCAUGAGGGAGGUGCAGAGCCGGACCCGGGUUGAUGACUACAUGUGCCUGUCGAUCUUCACCCUCCUGUGCUGCUGCCUGCCGCUCGGCAUCGCGGCCUUCGCCAAGUCCUGCGAUACGCAGGACGCUAACAAUGCAGGGGACAUCAACAGGGCCCAGGCCGCGUCCAACAGCGCCAAACGGCUCAACUACUGUGCGCUGGGCCUGGGCAUCGUCUUCUGGGUCAUCGGAGUCGUUUGGGAAGUUCAGGCCUUCUCAGUCUAAAAAUCGUCUGGUAGCUAGGAAUUACUGGUUCACUGUACACUGUAGGUAGGCGUGACUGGUUCACUGUCCACUGUAGCGAGGUAUUACUGGUUAACUGUAAACUGAGGCUAUGUGUUAAUGGUUCACUUUGCACUGAAGCUAGGUGUUACUGGUUCACUGUACACUGUACACUGACGCUAGGACAGGCUGCUUAUUAGGCUAGGUGUUACUGUUGGCUUCGUCUUAGAUGCAUGCUGUUCACGAGCGGAUUGAGCCGUUAGAUCUGAUUGUUCAUUUAUUUCUAACUUUACAUUUGUGGACGUAUUCACCAUAGACCGAAAUAAAUUGUCAAUAGAGCGCACUCUAUUAAGACAGGCCUCUUCUUUAAGUAAAGAAUACGUGGAUGAUGAUGGUAACCACUUCGUGGUGUAGUGAAGCCAUAAUCAGAAACGUAGCCCAUACUGUACAUGCUUUGGCUCAGCCAUAAAAUCAUACCUUGAUGUCUCCUGAUCACUUUAAGGUAUGAUGUGGUCAGGUCGACCAGAUGGGACAGAGCGGCUCCAUGACCAUUGUAUACAAAUUUACGCAAAUUAGGCAAAUAUACCUUAGAUAUGUGACGAAACAUGAAAACAGAUAAAAUGACAAAGUCGAGUCUAGCAUCACUUACCCGGACCCAAGUCACAUCGACCUGCCAAGGUAAUGUCAUCUAAUUUCAUAUCAAUAUCUUCAUUAUAAGUAUUUCAUAUCAUUUAUAUCAUUUGAAUUAUGUCAGUGGAGUCCAAAAACGAUUGUGAGUUAGAAAAGAAAUUACCUUGAAUCAAAUCAUAAGUGAUUUAGCCACCAUAUUGUGUUACUGUGACGGGUAAAAGUUUUAGAUAUAAAAUGAACAUAAAGAACUGGGACGGGGACGUUACGUACUUUUAAAACUUUUAAAGCAUUUCUAUACAUCUACCACUCUCUGUAUCUUUGUCUGAAAAUGGUCAACAGGUAACCUUUUUUUUAGUGUAAACAAGUAAAAUAUGAGAUUUUAAUACCUCCGGGCUUUUUAUUGUAUAUUUUCAUAUCUCGUUUGUUAUGUAUAGUUGAUGGUGUUAAAUUUUAAGUGUUAGAUUUAGGUGCGGUUAACACAGGUUAGCAUUUUCAUCUGCAGCUUGUAACAUGUACCCACGAACUUAUGAAAUUCUAUUUAAUCUGCCGCAAGGAACUCGUAGUGAAACCGGAACCGUUAAAUCAGACGUUAAAAUAAUGGAUAUUAUCAGUUUCCCUGUAAAGGUGUGGUAUAGCGUAUAUCAAAGCUAUCAGCGUUAAACGUCGUUUACGGAACGAUCAUAUG